CAGCAUUAGGACAGUGCAAGUCGGAUAAUAAUAACACCGUAAACAACAUGAAGUGCUUGUUAUGUCGUAGUAGCAAAUUAAACGAGCUGCUGCUGGGCACGCCGCACUUUAGUCAAGGGCAUGUUGUCCAUCAAAAUUGUCUGUAUUUGAGCUCUAAUCUGGUGCAGCGAGGUGACGAGGUCAACGAUAUAUGUUGCUUCACUCUAAAAGACAUUAAAGACGAAUCGAGACGCACACAAAAUUUGACAUGUUGCUACUGUCACAAGGGUGGCGCCAACAUUGGAUGCUGCAACAUGAGUUGCCGCCGGACUUUCCACACGUAUUGUGGCAUACAGAACGGAGCACAGAAUCAGUAUACUGGCACAUACAAAUCCUUUUGUAAUCUGCACAUCAAAUCGUACAGUGAGCGACCGAAGGCACAGGUUAAAUGUGCCAUCUGCAUGGAUCCAUUGAUCGGUGAGAGGGAAUCCUUCAGUUGCACCAAGUAUAUACAAGGCAAGUGCUGCAACAACGGCUGGUACCACAAGGACUGCCUGCAACGUUAUGCCGACUCCGCUGGCUACUUCUUCAAGUGUCCCUUGUGCAAUAAUUCCAAGCAGUUUCGUUUGGUUGCCCUUUGGGGCAUCACAGUGCCGGAUCGAGAUGCCUCUUGGGAACAGACAGAUGCUUUUGCCGAUCAGUUGGAGGUGCCGUUGAAUUGCACCGCAAUUAAGUGCCGCAAUAAAGCUGGACGUAAAUCUUCCAAGGAAUUGUUAAAUUACUGCACACUCUGCGGCGGAAAUCCAAUGCAUCCGGAAUGCACAACUUCCAAAGCCGAUGAUUAUUGCUGCAACGAUUGCGUGACGGUUGCGAAAAUGUCCGUUUCGUAUAUGCAGGAAGAAGAACCACUGGAUCCUUUGGAAAUCUACAUAGCCAACCAACAAGCAAUUCGCAAGCAAGCCUCUAGUGCCAGAAAUCUGUCUUCUCCGGUUCUCCUCUCCGAUUCUGAAGAUGAUUUCGAAAUUAUUGUUGCAACGAUUGAGAGGAAAAGAAUGGAGGCUGGCAGAAAUAACAGAGAAUCUCGGAGAGGAAACACGACACCACUCAGCACCGCUGCACCACUGCGCAUGCACAAUUAUCAGGCUUCACCGCCGGUGGAUAAUGUUGACAGUCGUCCUUCAAGUCAUUCCAAUGUUACACUGCGACGUCGGACUCGCUCCAUAUCUAGGCUGACCACUCUGGCAGCAAGGCUAAAUGCGAUGGAGGAGGAUGAGCAUAAAGAGAAUCAUGAAAAGGAACAGUUGCCACCGUUUGGAACGGCUGUGAACCGUCGAACUCGUUCCAGCUCCAGGCUGACUCCUGUGGCAGCAAGAUUGGAGGAGAAACAGGGGGAUAGUUAUAAGGAAAAGCAUGAGGAUCAUAAGUUUUCUCCGCCAGCAGCAGUACAGAGUCGCCGAACCCGUUCCAGCUCCAGGCUGACUCCUGUGGCAGCAAGAUUGGAGGAGAAACAGGGGGAUAGUUAUAAGGUAAAGCACGAGGAGCAUCAGUUCUCUCCGCCAACGGCAGUUCAGAGUCGCCGAACCCGUUCCAGCUCCAGGCUGACUCCUCUGGCAGCAAGAUUGGACGAGAAACAGGAGGAUAGAGACAUGGAAAAUCAUGUGACACACCAGUCCAGUCCGCCAGCUGCAGUUCUGAGUCGUCGCACCCGUUCCAGUUCCAGGCUGACUCCUGUGGCAGCAAGAUUGGAGGAGAAACAGGGGGAUAGUUAUAAGGAAAAGCAUGAGGAGCAUCAGUUGCCUCUGCCAGGAACUGCUGCGAACCGCCGAACUCACUCCAGCUCCAGGCUGAACAUUGUGCCAGCAAGAUUGGAAGAGAAGCAGCUGAAUAACGAUAAGGCAAAUCAUGGAAAAGAACUGUGGACUCUGACAACAACAACUUUGAGCCGUCAAACUCGCUCCAGCUCCGGCUGCAGGCAAGCAGCUUUUGCAGCAAAGCAGGAUGAGAAGCAGGCGAAUAGCGAUGAUGAUAAGAAAGAAAGGCAUCAGUUGCCACCGCAUCGCUCCGGAAUUCCGGUGAGCCGGCGAGCUCGAUCGAGUUUUCGGCGAACCAACGUUGCCGCAAAGCUGGCUGAGAUGCAAGGGGACAGCGAUAAGGAAAACAAUGAGGAGCAACAGACGCUACAGCCAGCAGUGGCAUCUGUGCAACAGGGAAGCCGUUUGUGCUUCAGACGGAACACCAUAACAGCAAGGCUGGAAGAGAUGCAGGUGGAUAACAAUAACGAUGACCAUAAGCCGCGACCAGCGGCGAUUGUGAGACGACGACAAACCUGCGUCUCGCCAAGCAUGCUACAAAAGGACACCAGUCCAUUGAUCUCGCGUGGUCGACAGAGGAAGCGGACUAUCGUGCCACAGACAUUCGAUAUAUCCUGCAUAGCGAAACGGACGCGCGCUCGUUCCCGCAAGUAAAGAUAGCAUAUGGAGAGCUAUUUUUAAAGUAUUUUUAUGUAGUUCUAUAUAAAUAAUAUCUACUAUAUGUACAAAUUGAAGUAUGUUUUUAAAUUGUUAUUUUUACCUACAUAUUUGAACAUUUAAUUUAAUUUUUUUUAAAAGGCAAUUAGAAAUAAUUCCUUUUAUACUUGAAAAAAUCAACGUGCAUAUACUUUAUUUUAAAUAAUUUUUUUACCGUUGGCUAUUUUUAUAUAUUUCACACCUAUCACCAAAUACAAGAAAUCAACUGUCUAUAAUAUAUUCAAUAUAUUUUAUCACAUUCCAUUGUGAUUUUCUAUUGUGCACCAUAAAGACAAGAACAGAUAGUGCGAUUCUCAGAGCGUCUCGCUCGAAUUAAAGAAAGCUUAUACUUUUUCUC